AACCUUCCUCUCUCUCAGCUCAUGAUCCAGUCCCACUCUCAAAAAGGAUGUUUUCCAUGAGGAUCAUCUGCCUGGUCCUGAGUGUGCUGGGCACAGUAUGGACUGCAGAUACUGGUGAAGGUGACUUUAUAGCUGAAGGAGGUGGCGUGCGUGGCCCGAGAAUUGUAGAAAGACACCAAUCUGCCUGCAAAGAGACAGACUGGCCCUUCUGCUCUGAUGAAGACUGGAACCACAAAUGCCCUUCUGGCUGCAGGAUGAAAGGGUUGAUUGAUGAAGUCAAUCAAGAUUUUACAAACAGAAUAAAUAAGCUCAAAAAUUUACUAUUUGAUUAUCAGAAGAACAAUAAGGAUUCUAAUUCAUUGUCCAGGAAUAUAAUGGAAAUUUUGAGAGGGGACUUUGCUAAAGACAAUAACAAUGAUAAUACAUAUAACCAAGUGUCAGAAGAUCUGAGAAGCAAAAUUGAGGUCCUGAAGCGCAAAGUCAUAGAAAAAGUACAGCUUAUCCAGCUUCUGCAGAAAAAUGUCAGGGCUCAGCUAGUAGAUAUGAAACGACUGGAGGUGGACAUUGAUAUUAAGAUCCAAUCUUGCAAAGGGUCAUGCAGUAGGGCUUUAUCUCGUGAAGUAAAUCUAAAGGACUAUGAAGAUCAGCAGAAGCAACUUGAACAGGUCAUUGCCAAAGACUUACUUCCCUCUAGAGAUAGGCAAUACUUACCUCUGAUAAAAAUGAGCCCAGUUACAGACUUGGUCCCUGGAGAGUUCAAGAGCCAGCUUCAGAAGGCCCCUCCAGAGUGGAGGGCAUUAACAGAAAUGCAGCAGAUGAGAAUGGUGUUAGAGAGGCCUGAUAGACCGGGGAACGCCCCAGGAGACUCUACAUCUCAUGGAAUAGGAUUAGAGACAGAAAGCCCCAGGAAACCUGGACCUGGAAGUUCUGGAAGUUGGAAUCCUGGCAGCUCCGGAUCUGGCAGUACCGCUGGAAGUUGGAAUCCUGGCAGCUCCGGAUCUGGCAGUACCACUGGAAGUUGGAAUCCUGGCAGCUCCGGAUCUGGCAGUACUGCUGGAAGUUGGAAUCCUGGCAGCUCUGGAUCUGGUAGUACUGGAAGUUGGAGCUCUGGGAGUUCUGGGUCUGGAAGUUUUAGGCCAGAUAGCUCAGGCUAUGGAAACACUAGGCCUACCAACCCAGACUGGGGUGCAUUUGAAGAGGUAUCAGGAAGUGUAAGUUCAGGGACAAAGAAAGAGUACCACACAGGUAAACUGGUCACUUCUACAGGAGAUAAAGAGCUCUUGAUUGGUAAUGAGAGGGUAACCUCUAGUGGCAAACCCACCACACGUCAUUCAUGCUCUAAAGUCAUUACUAAGACUGUGAUAGGUGCUGAUGGUCGCAAAGAAGUGACCAAAGAAGUGGUGCAGUCUGAAGACAGCUCUGACUGUGGUGAUGCAGUCAAUUUAGGCACACCGGGUACUUUUUCUGACAUAGGUAGCCUGGAUGAUUUCCGCCGCAGGCACGCCGAUGAAGCUUUUUUCUUUGACACUGCCUCGACUGGAAAAACAUCGUCUAGUGUACUCACACCUAUGUUCAAAGAGUUUGAUGGUAAGACCCACUCUAUGCGCUCAGAAUCUGACAUCUUCACCGACUUGGAAGACUCUCAUUACUUUGGUGUACCUGAGUUCCCUCCCGGUGGUAAAACUUCAAGUCACAGCAAACAAGUUGUAACUAGUACAACAACUUUCAGCAGAGGAGGCUCCACACUGGCAUCCAAGAGCCGUAAAAUGGCAGAUGAGGCUGGAAGUGAAGGAGAUCUUGAAGACCUCACAGGAGGACAUACCACCAAAAGAGGCCAUGCUAAAUCACGCCCUUCCAGAGACUGUGAUGAUGUCCUCCAAACACAUCCUUCAGGUGCCCAAAGUGGCAUUUUCAAUAUCAAGCUACCAGGAUCCAGUAGGAUUUUUUCUGUUUAUUGUGAUCAAGAGACCAGUUUGGGAGGAUGGCUUUUGAUCCAGCAAAGAAUGGAUGGAUCACUGAAUUUUAACCGGACCUGGCAAGACUACAAGAAAGGUUUCGGAAGCCUGGAUAACAAGGGGGAAGGAGAAUUCUGGCUAGGCAAUGAAUAUCUUCAUUUACUAACCCAGAGAAGCUCUGUCCUUAGGAUUGAAUUGGAGGACUGGACUGGGAAAGAAGCUUAUGCAGAAUAUCACUUCCGGGUAGGCUCUGAAGCCGAAGGCUAUGCCCUGCAGGUCUCCUCCUAUGAGGGCACUGCAGGUGAUGCUCUGAUUGAGGGUUCUGUAGAGGAAGGGACAGAGUACACUUCUCACAAUAGCAUGCAGUUCAGCACCUUUGACAGGGAUGCAGACCACUGGGAAGAGAACUGUGCGGAAGUCUACGGAGGAGGAUGGUGGUACAACAACUGCCAAGCAGCCAAUCUCAAUGGAAUCUACUACCCUGGGGGCUCCUAUGACCCAAGGAACAACAGUCUUUAUGAGAUAGAGAAUGGAGUGGUCUGGGUCCCCUUUAGAGGAGCAGAUUAUUCCCUCAAGAUUGUUCGCAUGAAAAUCAGGCCCCUGGUGACCCAAUAG